CUUUUGUCGGCCAUCUUAACAGUGAGCUUGUAUAGUGUUGUGAUAUACCGCAGUUUAUAAAUUUAAUUUCUGCUUGUACAUGCAAGCGUGUUAUCUGUGAUCUAAACUUUAAGUAGCUCAAUCCCAAAAUGGGUCGUAAAAAGAAGAAGCUGUCGAAACCUUGGUGCUGGUACUGCAAUAGGGAAUUCGAGGACGAGAAAAUCCUGAUACAGCAUCAGAAAGCCAAGCAUUUCAAAUGUCACAUCUGUCACAAAAAACUUUACACUGGCCCUGGAUUAUCUAUACAUUGUAUGCAGGUCCACAAAGAGACUAUAGACAAAGUUCCAAACUCCAUGCCGAACCGUUCAAAUAUCGAGAUAGAAAUAUAUGGGAUGGAAGGCAUACCGCCGAACGAUCUGAAGGAGCACGAGCGCCAGAAACAGGGCACCAGGGGCAACGAUUCCGGCUCCGAUGACGACGAACCGUCCCAGAAGAAGGUCAAGCAGGAGGGUCUGUUGGGCAAUGCGCCGGGCGUGAUGCAGGGCAUGCCGGGUAUGAUGCAAGGUAUGAUGCCACCGCCCGGCAUGCCACCCGGCAUCCCCAUGGGGCAUAUGAUGCCGAUGGGGCCACACUUCGCCAUGCAUCCCGGCAUGCAAAUGAUGGGUGCACCACCGCAUAUGAUGAUGCAAAGUCAAGCCGGACCGCCUAAACCUCUCUUCCCCAGCGUCAUACCUACCUCAUCGCCUGGAGCACCAGUCGUCGGAGCGGAUUUCAAGCCCAUAUCGUCAGGUGCAACGAUAAGUGCGCCGCCGACGACGAACACGCCCGGUGGAAGUGCAAGCGGUUCGACGGGCGGCGAUCCCAAAGUGGCUACGAUCGCAACUGCGGGCGGCGCCAGCAAGAUCAUCCAUCCGGCCGAAGACAUAUCCCUCGAGGAAAUCAGAGCCAGGCACCCGAAAUACGCCCGCUCGAUGGCCAACAAACAGCACCAUGACGAGAGCGGCUCAAGUUCGAGUUCGGCGGCUUCAGAUCUGGCGAUAGCGGUGACGGCGGCACAACAAGCAGCUGCCCAACAGGCGAAACAAGCGGAGGCGGCGGCUGCCAUGAACCAGGCGGCGAUGAUGCAGCGGUUUCCGGUACGGGUGAGCGGGCCGCCGCUCACCAUGCUGCCGGGCGGUCCGCCGGUGAUGGCGCCCAUGCUGCCCAGGCCGCCGACUCUGAUAGGAGGUCAUCUGAUGCGUCCGCCUCACAUCGGCAUGCCACCAGGUAUGAUAGGGAUGCCGCCGGGGAUGGUGUACGGGGCGCCGAUGUUUCCCGCCGGUCCGAUGUUGAUGCAGCCCAGGUUCAGAUGAUCACCGGUCUAUCUGGUCUACCAUCCGCAAGUCUAAACUAACGUUUAACCAUACACAACACACGUUUUUUUAUGAGAUAAACCGAACAGUCCGCGUUCGACCGUCCCAACAUACGGAUGGAGUUUGCACAGUCGUUUUUUUAACAUAAGUAUAUAAUCUAAACGAUUUUUGACGAUUUGGAGGGACUGUGUGAGUUUCACCCGUCGUAUAUUCGGUCAAUUAAUAACAUGUGCGUACGUCAAUUCGGUUGGUUUCGUUAUUUUGAAAAUAGUUAAGUAAUAACUAAAGUGGGUAGAAUGUAGAUCUCAACACGGAAGCAUGCCUUUUGAUUGCUCUGUCCGUUAAUAUAUAAUUUUUAUUUUGUCUGAUGCAUUUUUUAUUUGACAGGUUUAUCGAAUAUUGUACCGUAUCUAUAUUAACCCGCCCACAAAGUGGUAUGUACGUCUUUUUACUUGCAAUUCGCUACUUGUAAUCCACGUUGUUGAUAAGGUUGGUGCCCCUGUCUAAUUGAGCACGAUUAUUAACGAUUUUUUUGGCGCUGUGUUUUUGGACUUUGCCAUUUUCUGGUAGAUUUCUGUUUGAUUUUCUCAAAUCAAAUUACUAUUGAAAAUAUAUUUAAUUUAUAAGAGGUAUUUUAUUUAUUUGCUGUUAAUGAAAGACAGAAAUCCUCAGAAUUAAUGGCAACAGGUUUGUACAAAUUAUAAUUACCUUACAAAUAUUUAAAUUUAAAUAUUAUAUGAAUUUCUUAAAGGUAAGCAGACUAAGUUGAUUCAUUGUUUUGUUGUACAUAAACAGUCGAUUGAUUAGAUUGUUUAACUUAUUUAUUCAAAGAUAAUAUGUGUAAUGUUAAAAAUUGUACGCGAAAAUGGCUCCGUCUAUGUAUAUAUUCAAAAAAGGUAGGUCCUUUAGUGGUUCACCGACACGUUUUAGCUAAUCAAUUAAAGAAUUAGUUGCAUCUAAUGUUUUCAACCAAAAAAUUAUUUUAUCAAGAGCUACCGUUGUUUUGACUAAAAAGGUACGGAGAACACAUUUUUUAUUUUAUAAACUGGUGUAUGGUGUAAAUUGGACGAAUUUUCAUAUUGGCACCAGAAACGACCACUUUGCCGUUAACGAUAUCCGCGACAAGAAAGUCGGUCAGCUUCUGACACGUGCAGGUAUGAGAAUUUCACAAUACUUAUCUGAGGGAAUUUGUAGAUGGCAGGCGAUGCCAAGUCACAGCCGAGGCUGUUGGAUUGACGCAACCCCCUGUUUUGAUCACGCCGUGAUUUUCACAUUUUCCUUCUUCAAACCAUCAAUCCACAGUCUUGUUCGUUAUCAAUGAUCGCGGUUUGAUCACGAAACAGGUGAUGUACUGGUCACAGCAAUAAAAAAGCAGUUGAUUAAACUUUCCGAUGCUGUUGGGUCGUUGAUCCCCUGCCGAUAAUCUAGGCUUGACAGGCGAUUGUCGGAUUUUGACGACAAUCACAGGGUUAUACCUGUUGGUCCUGGUUCGAAAUAAACUGUUCUAAACGAUUGUUUUUAGGUUUAGUUUUCAGCAGAUUUAGAACAGUUUGAUUGGCAGGAUCCCUGUGCUAUUGCUCUUAUUGUAUAACUCUAUGUUCAUAGUAGUUCUUUAAUAUACAUGUAUCGUAUUAUUUGUUUUUAUAAAUAAAAAAAUUAUUUCGA